CCACCACCACCACCACACACCCCCCACCCUUUCAUGUCUCAUCCCUUCUCCACCAACCUUCUCCUUCCUCAUCGAAACCCUAGCCCUAACCCUAAUCUCCUCUUCCGAGCUCCCAUUACCACUCGAUUGACCAAGCGAGCUCCAUUUUCCUCCAUCUCACGCGGUGCCUUUGAAAACCUAGCGAGGUUGGCCACUUCUCCUAGCCCUAGAGGCGUUGAGAGAAGCUCCGCUUCGAUCAAAGCGGCCAAGAUCUCUGGAGAUUUCAUGGGAUCAACAAAGUGGAAUGAGACAGCGAUGCUCGUCAUUGAUAUGCAGAAUGAUUUUAUCUUGCCAGACUGUUCGGUGCAUGUGGCUGACGGUUUAGCUAUAGUACCAUCUGUCAUCCAGGCUGUUUCUGUUGCUAGAGAGCGCGGCAUUUUUGUGAUUUGGGUUGUUCGUGAACAUGACCGUUGGGGAAGAGAUGUAGAACUUUUCCGUAGGCACUUUUACGCUGAUGGAAAAGGACCUGCAACAAAGACUUCCAAAGGUGCAGAACUAGUUGACGGACUUUCAAUUGAAGGAGGAGACUAUAAGUUGGUCAAGAUGCGGUUUAGUGCGUUCUUGGGAACUCACCUCCAUUCACUUCUUCAGAACUCUGGAAUAAAAAACUUGGUGGUUGUAGGAGUUCAAACACCGAAUUGUAUUAGGCAAACUGUUUUUGAUGCAGUUUCAUUGGAUUAUCAGCAUGUUUCUGUUAUUUCUGAUGCAACAGCUGCUGCUACCCCUGAAAUUCAUUUUGACUCCAAUUUAAUGUGCAUCCAGAUAAACUUCCAGCUUAGACUGCAGGAAUAUACCACGCUAGCAAACAUGAGAGAUAUGAAAAAUAUAGGGGUGGCGACUCCCACGUUGCAGGAAUGGUGCAGCUCAGAUCCUUAAUUCCUAACCGAUGAUAUCAGAGCAGCAAUGUUUAUUCGUAUGCCCGUGUAAUUUUUCUAAAUUAGGUGCUGUUGUUAGAUCAUCUCAAUAUAAUAUGUGUCAUUUUGAAGUCUUUUAAUUUGCAUGUUGUCAGUAUUCUAUGUAUUAAAUAUUUUAGGUUGUUUUAUUAGAAUGUAGUUGAUAGAAACUGAUGUUUCCCAGUUCUUUAGAAAAAGAAGCUACAUAUCUGCUUGAAGAUUUAAAAUGUGGACAUUUUUUUUAUCUUGUUUGAGAAGUAGAAUUGAGCUUCUGAACGUCGAAAGCUCAAGUUUUUGCCU